GACAUCGAACAGUAUACAGUCGCAUUGUUGGCGUCGAGUACAGUGAGCAAUAGAGGGAAGCCUAGAACUAUUCACAAGUUGCAUACCUUAAGCAUUCAACUGACCGAAGUCACAAAUAUGACCGAAACCAAAGAAACCGACAAGACCGCAGGACGCGUCUUACUCCCUUCCUACGUCCAACCACAGAGUUACGAUUUGAAAGUAACCCCGGACUUGACCGCCUACUCCUUUGAUGGAAUCGUUUCGAUUGGCAUGGUAACAGGGGAUUCUUUCUCCGAGGAAGAAUCCAAAAAGAUCACUCUUCACUCGAAAGAGUUGAUGUACCGCAGUGCCGAAUUCCACGCCGCGGAUUCCGGGAAGGUUGUUAAGGCUGACGAGGUGAGUUGCGAUGACAUGAAUUCAAUUCCUGUGUAAUUGUAUGAUAGGGCGAGCCAUUGGAGAGUACAACAGUGCUUACUUUGCGGUAUGAUAUUCUGAGCCAGUCGUUUCCUGCUACUGCAUCGAUAUCGACAUUACUAUCGUUUAGAUUCAUGUGAACAUGAAGAAUACGACCGUGACAUUUGUUUUUGCAGAAUCCAUUCCCAAAUCUAGCACCAUCACGCUGAAGAUCGACUUUGCCGGCUGCUUGAACAACCAAAUGGCGGGUUUCUACCGAUCGCAUUACAAGGAUACGGACGGGAACGACAAAAUUGUAGCAUCGACGCAAUUCGAGGCAUUGGAUGCUCGCCGUGCAUUUCCGUGCGUCGACGAACCUUCCGCCAAGGCUACCUUCCUCCUCACCUUGAUUGUCCCAGCUGAUUUGGAAUGCUUCAGCAACAUGCCCGAAUCGAAGCGCGUGACACUUGGCGGGAACAAGGUGGAGGUUUCCUUUUUGGAAACGCCCAAAAUGUCCACGUAUCUGCUGGCAUACUGCAUUGGCGAGUUUGAUUACGUCCAAGGAAUUACUAAGUACGGUGUGUUGAUCAAGGUGUAUGCCCCACGCGGGAGAUCUGCUUCGUGCCAGUAUGCUCUGGAUUGCGGAUGUAAGGCCCUGGAUUCGUAAGUAUCUAAGAUGGAGUGUCCCAUACGAAUACUGCGCAUUUGAUCUAUAUCCAAUUCUCUUAUAUUCUGCUCUGAUCUAUGUAUGUUCGUUUCACAUUAAUCGGCUGUUGGCGCUUAGUUUCAAUGAUUUUUUCGGUAUCACUUAUCCGCUACCAAAAUUGGAUAUGGUAGCCAUUCCGGAAUUCGCAGCGGGUGCGAUGGAAAACUGGGGGCUGGUGACAUAUCGAGAUGUAGACUUGCUGAUUGAUCCCGAUACCGCAAGCAACUCGCAGAAGCAACGCGUUUGUACUGUUGUGUGCCAUGAACUGGCACACCAAUGGUUUGGAAAUCUUGUAACCAUGGCAUGGUGGGACGACCUAUGGCUCAACGAAGGCUUUGCUUCGUGGGCCGAGAACUAUGCCGCGGAUGAAAUCUAUCCCGAAUACCAAAUGUGGGACCAGUUUUGUUCGGGUGCAUUGCAGACAGCUCUUGUUUUGGAUGGAAUGUUGUCAUCCCAUCCAAUCCAGGUUCCGAUUGCUCAUGCUGAAGAAGUGGAGCAAGUAUUUGAUGCGAUCUCCUACUGUAAGGGAGGAUCUGUGGUGCGAAUGGUCAAGGCUGUCAUUGGUAUGGAUGCCUUUCGGCAAGGUCUCGGAAAUUAUUUCGAAAAGCACGCCUACGGCAAUACGGAAACUAUCGACCUGUGGAAGGCCUGGGAAGAAGCCAGUUCCAUGCCCAUUCCCGAAUUGAUGGCAUCGUGGACGGAGCAGAUGGGAUUUCCUCUCCUGAAGGUGAUCGGUGAAGACUGGCAAGACGACAAUGUCGUGUUGACACUGGAGCAGUCGUGGUUCUUGACCGAUGGUUCGGAACCCCCGGAAGAUGGCAAUGACAAAAUAUGGACGAUUCCCAUCAUCUCGUGUACUUCUGAGGGCACGCAGCAAGAUAUGGUGCUGAUGCGCGAAAAGACAGCAACCAUUACGAUUCCUUUGAAGUCGAAGUCGGAUUGGGUGAAGCUUAACGCAGGACAGGAAGUUCCCAUGCGGGUUCACUAUUCCGAUGAAAUGCUCGCGAGGCUUUCCACAGCAGUAGCAAGCACGGAUUUGACCAGCCCCUCCGAUCGGGUUGGUUUGAUCCAGGAUGCGUAUGCAUUGGUUAAGGCCAAUCAAAUCAUGUCGCCAGAAUCAUUGAUGAAACUAUUGGCGGCAUACAAAGACGAGGACGAUUAUGUUGUUUGGAAAGGAAUCGCCAGUUCACUCAGUGGAUUGGACUCCGUGCUCUCAGCGGAUGAAGAGAUGUACUCGAAUUUUACUAAGUUUGCGAAAAAACUCGUACUCCCAUUGGUGGACAAAGUUGGAUGGGAAGCCAAACCAGAGGAUGGUCACCUGACUUCUUUGUUGAGAGGGCUCAUGAUCAAUCUAUUGUGCAAAUUCUGUUCCGACGACGCCAAUGUGGCACAAGAAGCGAAUAAUAAAUGCGUGGCCUUUUUCGAGGAUCCAAUCGAAAACGCUAAGGUGCUCUCACCAGAUAUCAAGGAGUAUGUUUUUAUGAUCUAUCUUAAAAACGGUGGGCAAAAGGAAUACGACACCGUCAAAGCCUACUACAACGUGGCCAAGGACAACGCAGAGCGAAAGUUGGUUUUGAAUAGCUUAGGAAGUAUCGGCGACCCAAAACUGAAACUCGAAACGCUGGAUUGGACGACAAGCGGUGAAAUCAAGCUCCAGGACUUUUUCUAUGCGAUCGGAAGCGUGUCGAUUUCCGGUAAGGAAGGUCGAACGAUCACCUGGGAGUACUUCCAGGAGCACCACGAACGCCUGAAGGGGAUGGUCGGCACCGCAAAUCCAUCCCUCAUGGAUGCGUGCAUCGUCUACAGCUGCGGCCGUUUUGCAUCUCUGGAGAAGGCGGACGAGGUGGAAGCGUUUUUCAAAGAAAACGAAUACCCCAAGAACGAGCGCCGUAUCGCGCAGAUGAUCGAGGCGAUGCGCGCCAAUGGAAAGUUGCUGGUCAACCUGCAGGCUAGUGAGUUGUCGAAGGAAGAUUUUUGGGAUCAACUGUAACGAAGCAACAAUGGUUGGUGCAAUGCAACAUGGCAACAUGACGAUUAUCAGGCAGAAUAUGACAGCAGUGGAUCCUUGUCCGAACAAUUAAUGCCAACAGCUGAGCAAAAAUUUUUGAGGCGAUGCAGGAAGCAUUGAAGCCAUCAAAUGUUGAGCUUGCCUCAAGGGCUCACUUGGCAAUGUGGCAUUCAUUAUGAAACAAGAAAUACUAAUUACUUUUGACAAAUUAUAGAUGAAAACAACCCUGAUACCAUCAACAAGCUUAGGAGGUACAUUGAACACUGGCUACAAGGGCUACGUGAUCCCAACAGGAAUAUGUCCAAUAAUAGAAAGGGAUCCAACUAGUUAUUUCUUUCUAUAUUCUUCAAAUUCAUUGUCACUCACUUUGAUGUCCUCCUCCACACUAACAUUCGACUAAGUCUCAUCAAUGCCAUAACAAAAGCGUGAGAUGGCUCCAAAUCUUCCGAUUGCAUACAAGAUUCUCAUUUUUAAUUUUUAUGAUUUUUCGACGAAUUGCACAUGUUGUGUAGUUCAUAUAAAACAAUAAGAGGGAUCGCGCUAACGCCAUUUCCGAAUCAGAACACUAGGGUAGUGCUAGAUCUACUCCGUUGCAGCGGCAGCCAACUGACGAAAAAACAAAUUCAGCGAUUGUGCAGUUUUCAGGAUUUCCGAACUCAGCAAGGCUGCUACUGAUGUACCACUGGGCACCUUCGCAUGUCGUCAUGAAAUCUUUCAGGUAAAAGUUAGGGUUUUGAAGACCACUAUCUUUGCAAACGACACACGCCUCAAACUGUGAAAAGUAUUCUGCGCAGCAAGCUUGUGCUUCCGAACACCUACAUCGAUUCUCGGCAAAGCUACAAUCGCCGGUGCAAUCACAAUAAUGGUCGCCAAAACCUUCCGCAGAACAAAUCACUUCCCCCUCAAUUGGUGUCAACCCCGAGAGUUGGUUCGCAUAGAUAUCAAAAUUAUUGAUGUUUGGCUUGACGUCAAGAAGUUCUUGGCUUAUUGAGCCGGUGAGUUGAUUAUAUUUGAGAUCAAAUUCCUGUACGUUUUUGAGUUGUGCUAACUCAGAUGGAAUUGUGCCACUCAGCUCAUUAUAGCUCAGGCCCAACUCCAAUAACUCUGUUAAAUCACCAUAAACACUUGGUAUAGUGCCAGUAAGACCAGUACCAUCGAAACGAAUGACCUCUACAUUCGACAUGGAUCCAAUUUCAUCUGGUAGAGAGCCCGAGAAACUGUUUGUAUACAUCCGUAUGAACUUCAGCGAGGGCAUUUCCGUAAAAAAGGUAAAGAAAGUACCGUUAAAACCAUUCGUUGACAAGUCGAUCGAUUCCAAAUUUGUCAACUUUACGAUUUCAGUUGGAAUUGUACCUGUGAGUUGGUUGUUUUUGAGGUCAAUCGACUUUAGGUUUUUCAUCUGUCCAAUUUCUGGAGGAAUAGUACCAAUUAUCAUAUUCUCACUCAUAUCAAGUUUGGUUAGAUCCUUCAAGAUUCCAAUUUCUGUUGCCAAGGUUCCUGCUAGCAAAGUCGAACGUCCUAAUUCCAAUUCAGACACCCUCCCGUUCACACAAGUUACCAUUUUCCAGGCACAUUGCCUCUCUUCGCUGAUCMACAAUCCAUUAUGAUCUACAGCAGUACCGUUCUCUGUCUCUGCGGGUGGUGGAACAACCGGGGCUGCAAAGUUGAUGGCUGCCAACGCGUAUCGCUCCACAAAAUCUUGGCGGGAACAACUUGAAAAUCCGUCGGCAUCGCGUGCAAGCCAGUCAAUGGCUUGGUGAGACGGGCCGGUGCCAGUAUAAAUCGUGUUGUCAGUAUAAUUCUCCAGUUUCUCCAUAAAGCAAUCUGGUAACCUAUAAAAGUAGUUCAUUUCA